AUGGAUCCCAACGACCAACCGUACGGCGGCAACGAAGCCCCCGACAAGGAGAAACUGGAUCAGAUUCGAGCGCGUCGGCUCGCGAAGCUAGGAGCGCCGAAACCGCAGACUGAUAACGAGGGUGGCAGUGGCAGCAGCGCCGGUGGCCAGUCCGCCUCGCCCAAGCCAACGACAGCAAACUCUUCGUCCGGCCCGGCGGCUCCCAAGACGAAAAUCAACAUCACACCGGCCGCUGCCGCCCCUGCGCGCUCUGGACCGAACCCGUUCACGCAGCUCGGGAUCGGCAAGCAGGGCGACGCCAAGGGCUCGCCAGGUACAGCCACCGCACCACACGCCUCCCCGCGCAAGAGAAGCUUACAAGAGAUGGGUGGCGGCUCUUUAGACGGCAACGCCGCUGCGCCGCCCCCGCGCAGGCCAACCACCGGAGGGCAGGCGGUAGAGACCGACGAGCAGUACGAGAACCGCACCCUGGCCGCCGUUUUCCGCCUCUCCGUCGACCCUCACCACAUGAGCACCCCGCAGGGCGUCCGCCUCACCUUCCUGCCCGGCCUCAACGACGAGCUCAACCAGGCCGGCGAGCCGCUCCGCCUGUCCGCGGCCACGCUCGACCAGGCCGUCAUCGAGGCCUGCUCCGCCUGGCCCGAGGACAAGCCCCUCCUCAACUACCUGCUGCCGUGCUGGAAACGCGCGGUCAAGCAGGCCGCCCAGAAGACGAGCUCCCCGGCGAGGCGCGAGGUCCACGAUGAGGCAAAGAGGCUGUGCAUGAGCAACUGUCUGUUUGCUGUUACCAUGCCAGAACUCUACGGACGCGUUGCGAACCCCAAUCACGACACCAUCGCGCCGCAGUUGCUCCGCGGCUUCACUGACGAGAACGGCAUUUGCUUUGAUUUCAUCCAGGAGGCCAUCAAGCGAUUCGACGAGGAUGAAGCCUUUCCAGAAAUUUUCAACAACGCCAUGGUUCGCAUAAGCAGCCAAUUAUCUUUCAUGUCCAUGAAUGACAACUACAAGCCGCACGUCCAGGCCUUGCUCACCUACACCCGAUUUCCCAUCCUCAUCACCAACCUCUCCAAACAUGCCACCUUCAACAUGGCGCAGUCCGCCCCCGGCAUCGAAAAGCACACCCUUCUCGGCCCCUUCUUCCGCCUCUCCCCCCUUCAAGCCAAAGCCGCCAAUAGUUACUUCCCCGGUGCCCGAUCCCUCGACAAGGGUCGCAUCACAAAUGCGCAGGAUGCUCUUCGCAUGGUUUUGCGAACCCACCAAGACGACCUGUUUACGAUUUCCAAUGCCUUCAUAAGAGCAGGCCCGGAGACGAGAACACGAACGUUGGAUUGGUUCGCGCGCAUCAUGAAUACAAACCACAAACGCAGAGCUAUUCAGGCUGAUCCCCAAGAGAUUGCCUCUGAUGGUUUCAUGCUCAACAUUGCAAGAAUCAUGGAUCGAUUUUGCGAACCUUUCAUGGAUAACGACUUUAGCAAGGUGGACAAGAUCGACAUCAAGUACCUGCGACGCAAACCGCGCGUGGACAUCAAAGACGAGACCAAGAUCAAUGCCGAUCAGGCCACGGCCGACAAGUACUAUGAGGCGAAAGAAGAGGGCGAGUCCAACUUUAUUUCGGAGGCCUUCUUUCUUACUCUUGCCGCACAUCACUAUGGCAGUGAGUCCCUACACUCUCUUCUUAAGAACCUUGAAAAAGAUAUCAAGUAUUUCGAGUCACGGAUUCAGGCCAUGGAAGCGGAGCGCAGUAAGGUGGCCAGCAAUCCAAGUCAACUUCCCUUGUUUGAAUCGACGCUGCAGAAGCACGUUAAGGUCUUGGAGAACAGCAUCGCGUACAAACAUGCAAUAGAGAGCGUUCUUCUAGAUGACCGCAUGCAGAGCACGUCGCUCCGGUUCAUGCGAUACGUAGCCGUCUGGCUGCUUCGCAUUGCCACCGGCCAAAAUUACAAACCCGGCAGAGAAAGCCAGGUGAUCAAGCUUCCCCUGUCGGACCAGAACCAGGAGGCAUUCGCUUGCCUCCCCGAAUACGCCCUGCAAAAUAUCGUAGACAACUUCAAGUUUGUCUUUAAGUGGCUACCUACCAUUCUGCCCAGUGCCGUCGGCGAGGAGAUGAUUGCCUUGUGCGUUACCUUUCUGCGGUCCUCGGACUGGAUCAAGAACCCCUAUCUCAAGUCCUCCCUGGUCUCGUUGCUGUUCUACGGAACUUGGAGCUUCCUCCAUCUAAAGAAGGGUGUUCUUGGCGACCAGCUGGUAGCCCUGCCGUUUGCCAAUGAAUACCUCCUUCACGCGCUGAUGAAGUUUUACAUCGAGUGCGAGUCGACGGGCAACAAUGCCUUUUACGACAAGUUCAACAUUCGCUACGAGAUCUUCCAGGUGAUCAAAUGCGUCUGGUCCAAUGACGUGUACAAACAGCAGCUCACACGAGAAAGCAAGACCAACCGCGGAUUCUUUGUGCAGUUUGUCAACAUGCUGCUCAACGACGUGACCUACGUCCUCGACGAAGCGUUGACCAAGUUCCCCAAGAUUCGAACACUGGAGAUAGAGCUCAAGGGCGCAGACAUUUCGGCGGAGGACCGCCAGAAGAAGCAGGAGGAGCUGCAGACACUCGGCAACCAGGCGACGUCGUACAUGCAGCUCGCCAACGAGACGCUUGAGAUGAUGAAGCUCUUCACCAACGCGCUGAGCGACGCCUUCACCAUGCCCGAGAUCGUGUCCCGGCUGGCCAGCAUGCUCAACUACAACCUUGAGACGCUCGCCGGCAAGCGGGCGGCCGCCGAGCUCAACGUGGAGAACCGCGAAAAGUACCACUUCCGGCCGAUCCAUCUGCUGUCCGACCUCGUCGAGAUUUACCUGAACCUGGGCGCUUCGUCUGUCUUUGUCGACGCCGUGGCGGCCGACGGGCGGUCCUACAAGCCCGAGGUGCUCGACCGCGUGACGAUGAUCCUGACCUCGAAGCACCAGAAGGACCCGGCCGACAUGGCGCGCUGGGAGCGCCUGCGGGAGCGCUUCCGCGCGGCCAAGGCGGCGCUCGACCAGGCCGAGCUCGACCUCGGCGACGACAUCCCGCCCGAGUUCGAGGACCCCAUUAUGGGCGACCUGAUGCGCGACCCGGUCCUGCUGCCCUCGCGCCACAUCGUCGACCGCUCCACCAUCGUCCAGCACCUCCUCAGUGACCCCAAGGACCCCUUCACCCGCCAGCCCAUGACGGUCGAGGACGCGGUACCCCAGCCGCUCCUCAAGGAGAAGAUUGAGCGCUGGCGCGAGGAGAGGGUCGCAGAAGCCAGGAAGAAGUUGGCAGGCGGCGGUGCUGCUGCUGCUGCGGGAGAGACGGGUGCGGCGGCGGGAGAAGCGAUGGAUACGACCGAGGGUUGA